CGUCCUCGAAAAUAGAGAUUCGCAAAGGAAGUUUUCAUCUCGGUGGAGACAUGUUGUUGGAGGAAGGGGCUCGGAGCCUUUAUCUCUGUAACCAGAGGCCGAAGGAAGACUACUCUUCGGGGCAUCAUCCACUUCCAAGAUUCUGUGGUCCUGGAGAGUGUUUCAGAAGGAAGGGGGAUGUUAGAUCUGGCACCUGGCAUUUCUCAGAGGGAAACUUCCUCCACAAGUUUGGCCCUUUCUGAAGUAGAGUCGUGUGGCUGACCUGGGGCCUAGGAAGAAGAAGAUCCAAGCACAAGCUGCGUGGACAGCUCCAGGCACUUCAGUCAGGGGUGUCCACAUCCUCCUCAGAGGGAUUCUGCUGAUGGAAGCGUUCUUGGAAGAGGUAGUCAAAGAAGAUGAAACGGUUUUUAAGAUGGAGAGAAGAUUACUGGGCCAAAGAUUAUGAACGUUCCCCAGGCUGAAGAAGCAUAUGGCUCAAUUUCCCUCCCGUCAGUGAUUAUGACACAAUGCUUAAAAAAAGUCUUCUCCAAAGCCGCCAUUGUGAGGUCCAUCAGAUGAUUGGAAACUACAUGUGGGACCCCAACACCAACAAGUCAUUUGACAUUGGUGUCAACAGAGACAGCCUGAUGCCUCUCUGGUGGAAUGGAUCAGAACCUCUGUGGGUCACUCUGACCAAGGCCAAAAGGAAGGUCUACAUGUACUACUGGCCAGGCUGUGAGGUUGAGAUUCUUGGUGUCAGACCUACUUACUGCCUAGAAUAUAAAAAUGUCCCAACGGAUAUCAAUUUUGCCAAUGCAGUGAGCGAUGCUCUUGACUCCUUCAAGAGUGGCCGGGCCGACCUGGCAGCCAUCUAUUAUGAGCGCAUCGAUGUGGAAGGCCACCACUACGGCCCCUCCUCACCGCAGAGGAAAGACGCCCUGAAGGCCGUAGACAGCAUCCUGAGGCACAUGACCAAGUGGAUCCAGGAGCUGGAGCUGCAGGACAACCUGGACGUUAUCAUCUUCUCGGACCAUGGGAUGACUGACAUUUUCUGGAUGGACAGAGUGAUCGAGCUGGACAAGUACGUGAGCCUGAGUGACCUGCAGCGAGUGAAGGACCGAGGGCCCGUCGUGAGCCUCUGGCCAGCCCCCGGGAAGCACUCCGAGGUAUAUAACAAGCUGAGAGCGGUGGAACACAUGACCGUCUACGAGAAAGAAGCCAUACCCAGCAGGUUCUAUUACAAGAAAGGGAAAUUCGUCUCUCCUUUGACCUUAGUGGCCGAUGAAGGGUGGUUCAUAACUGAGAAUCGAGAGUCACUUCCAUUUUGGAUGAACAGCACUGGCAGGAGAGAAGGCUGGCAGCGUGGGUGGCAUGGCUAUGACAAUGAACUCAUGGACAUGAGGGGCAUCUUCCUGGCCUUUGGACCCGAUUUCAAAUCCAACUUCAGAGCCGCUCCAAUCAGGUCCGUGGAUGUCUACAACAUCAUGUGCAACGUGGCAGGCAUUGCUCCCCUGCCCAACAAUGGGUCCUGGUCCAGGGUGAUGUGCAUGCUGAAGGGAGAGGCUGACUCAGCUCCGUCUGUCUGGCCGAGCAGCUGUGUUCUGGUCUUGAUUCUACUCCGACUGUUUGCAUAGACGCUGCUAUCGUUGUCCCCAAACACUCAGCCAAGUGUGCUCCACGGUGCAAUGGUUUUCAUUUUCUAUUUGAAUAACAGCUUCAUUAACACAAUCAAGGCCACAAAAAUUGUAAAUAUACUGCUCUUGGAUGAUUCCAUACAUAAAAGUCCCUACUUCUUAAAAAAAUUUUUUUUCUUUAAUGUUAAUUUUUGAGAGAGAGAUAGAGUGUGACCAGGGGAGGGGCAGAGAGAGGGAGACACAGAA